AUGCAGGGCGCGGGGCGGGACGCGGGGGGCAAGGCAGCGCGGGACAAGCGACGCAGGGCGCGGGACGCGGGGGGUGGGACGCGGGGCGUGGGACGCGGGGCCCGAGACGGGGCCCAAGCCAAAGCAUUGGAUGAGAUGCUGGCAGCCACGGGGGAGGAAGUGAAGACCGUUUUGGAGCCUCGUGUGCGGGAUGAAGCCCUGAUUGCAGGCAUCGGUGGGAAGUGGAUUCACGAAGCUUCUGGCCGCGUGUACCACACCAAGUACAAUCCCCCGAAGUCUUUUGACGGCAAGAGCGAGCCCACGCCGGCGAACAUGCGGGACGAUGAAACCGGAGAAGCUUUGUCGCAGCGCCCUGACGACACUACGGAUGCUCUCCCCGAAAGGCUGGCUGCCUACCAUGCCGAGACGGCGCCUGUGCCGGAGCACGACAAGUCCCAUUCGUGUUGUCGGGUGGCACAGGUGGAUUCGAAUAUGGGACCUGCACGCAAGACGGAGGACAUCUGGACAGACUGCGCCAAAGCUUUGGGCCUGAAGCGUGACCAGAUUAUCCUGAUGUUCGGGCCGCCAGCAUCUAGCAAGGGCACGCAUGGUGGACGACUAGCAGCGUCCCUGGGAAUUCCGCAGCUCUCUACCGGAGACAUGCUGCAAGAAGCCGUGGAUUCUGGCACGGAGAUCGGUUUGAGGGUCAAGUCGGUCAUGGAACAAGGGCAGCUCGUGAGCGACGACAUCCUCAUAUCCAUCAUCAAUGAGCGGGUCAAAGCUGCGGAUUGCCUGAAGGGGUUCAUCUUGGAUGGGUUUCCUCGCACCAUUGCCCAAGCCGCAGCAUUGGACGAGAUGCUGGCAGCUACCGGCGAGGAAGUGAAGUCCGUCUUGGAGCUCAGUGUGCUGGAUGCAGUUGAAGCCCGCUGGAUUCACGAAGCUUCUGGCCGCGUGUACCACACCAAGUACAAUCCCCCGAAGUCUUUUGACGGCAAGAGCGAGCCCACGCCGGCGAACAUGCGGGACGAUGAAACCGGAGAAGCUUUGUCGCAGCGCCCUGACGACACUACGGAUGCUUUCCCCGAAAGGUUGGCUGCCUACCAUGCCGAGACGGCGCCUGUGCUGGAGCACUACAAGUCCCAUUCGUGUUGUCGGGUGGCACAGGUGGAUUCAAAUUUGGGACCUGCACGCAAGACGGAGGACAUUUGGGCAGACUGCGCCAAAGCUUUGGGCUUGAAGGCCUGA